CGGCGGUGUUGCUGCGAUUAUCGGGCAAUACGCGAGGCUCAACCUGCGUAGUAAGAAAGUGAGAGACCAACAAUAAAAGGCUGCAAGUUCUCACAAAUUGAUUGCUCGGUGCAUAUUUGGGAAAGAGAAACAAAAUAACGGGCAUAAUUUCAAUCAAAGCCGUCCAGCUAUCCGUUCUGUUACUUUGCCGUGUAGACGGUGAUAACCCCUUAUGGAAAUACAGUUAGCAAGUCACUGAAAUCACAAUCAGGAAGAUUCUGAGCCAGAGAGUUGUUCUACUCUCCACUCGAGUGGCAGCCACCAAUGUAGGUGCCGAGGGAAUUUUCUGAAUGGAAAUGAGUUAGACUGACACAAGGUGUAAACGUUAUCAAUCAUUCAAAGAGAGGCAUUUUUUAAAUCAAGCGACUACUUGUGGUGAAGAUUACAGUAAUAUGGUUCCAAGGUUGAGAGAUAACAAUGACAACAUGGAAGAAAUGAUGUAACCCAUGGGGCAAGUUAAAUUCCAGGUUACUGAAGACAACAUGUGCCCACAUGUUAUGAAACCACCUGCAAGAGAGCACAAUCAAAUCAAAGGUGCCUAGUUAUCUUAAAGAGAAAGACCCUGGAGUCCACUAUCCAGGCAUUACAGUCCUACGUUUCAUUUUACUGAAAGAACCUGUCCAUUGGUUGCCCUGAGCACCUCCUUUUCUAAUUCAUGAGCCAGAGGGAUGCAGUCGCUCAGCUUUCAGAAAGGCUUCUCAUAGCUGCACACAAAGGCCAGACAGAGAAUGUGGUGCAGCUUAUCAACAAGGGCGCUAAAAUAGCUGUCACUAAGCAUGGACGCACUGCACUGCAUUUGGCCGCGUACAAGGGCCACAUUGACGUUGUACGAAUUCUCCUGAAAGCCAGUUGUGAUCUGGACAUCCAGGAUGAUAGUGAUCAAACAGCCUUGCAUCGAGCUGCUGUUGUGGGUAAUACUGAGGUCAUCUCAGCACUCAUUCUUGAGGGGUGUGCCCUAGACCGGCAGGACAAGGAUGGUAACACCGCUCUGCAUGAAGCCUCCUGGCACGGGUUCAGUCAAUCUGUCAAACUCCUGGUCAAGGCCGGAGCAAAUGUCCAUGCAAAGAAUCAGGCAGGUAACUUAGCCCUCCACUUGGCCUGUCAGAAUGGCCAUUCCCAGAGUUCCCGUGUACUAUUGCUAGGAGGGUCCAGACCUGACAUUAAGAACAGUAUGGGUGACACUUGUUUACACAUUGCUACUCGUUAUAAUCAUGUGACUAUUAUUAGAAUCCUUCUGAGUGCUUUCUGUUCUGUUAGUGAGAAGAAUCAGGCGGGAGACUCGCCACUCCAUAUUGCUGCAGCUCUCAACCAUAAGAAAAUAGCAAGACUUUUAUUGGAAGCUGGGGCUGAUAGCUACAUUGUCAACAACGCAGGGCUGAGCCCUCUAGAAGCAGCUAGAGAGAAUAACAGCCCAGAAGUGGCCCUUCUCCUCACCAAGGCACCACAGGUUCUCAGUUUCUGUCGUGGGAGAAGCCUGAGGAAGAGGAGGGAAAAACUCAAGCAAGAACGAAGAGCCCAAUCUGUGCCUCGUGAUGAUUUGAUCCAGAGUAAGGGAAGUGUCUCAGUGGAUGAUGGCCACAGCAGUGAGCAAGGACAUAAGAAGAAAAAAAAUGGGGACGAUUUUAUCACAGUAGCUACACCAGAACAGAAGAAAAAGUGGGAGAGAAAGAAAAAACAGAAGAGUUCCACUCUUUCUGACCCCCUUCCACUGACAGACCAGCAGCCUCAACAAGACAAUGCAAAUAUCAGGAAAAGGAGAAGCAAACAUUGCUGCUGUUCCCUAAACCCACAGCAAGCUCUACUCCCUCAUAGUUUUCGUGCCUACCAGCUUUAUACAUUAUACAGAAACAAGGAUGGGAAAAUCAUGCAGGCCCCAAUAAAUGGUUGCCGCUGUGAGCCCUUGAUCAAUAAACUUGAGAACCGUCUUGAAGCCACAAAGGAAGAAAUAAAAGCCGAACUUGAAAUUGUGCAAGGAAAAUUGAAUGCUAAACUUGGUGAACUGGAAGGAAGAAAUAAGCAUGAGAUCAGAGUCCUAGAUAAAUUAACAUCUGAGAGGAUCUCAGCUGAACGGACAGAAUGCCUCCAUCGUAUUGACCAGCGUGCAGUGCUUGAAAGACUGGAAGGAGACAAACGCCAGUCUUCAAUGGUGGAUGAUCUGAAAUCUUGGUGUAUGUCAAAACUUCAAAAUCUUGAGCUCAAAUUAUCAGGAGAACUGCGGUCUAAAUCUGCAGCCCCCAUCAGUGAAAUUGUGCCCGAAGCUCUAGGACCUGAUACCUUUCUAAGCACCAGGGACCAUGGAACUGUCCAGAUGUGUCCUGUUACACAGCAAGCAGGAGAACUAUUACAACAUCCUGACGUCAAUCGACGUGAUUGUUUGUUAGAAGAAUCAGGAGGUACCGAAAUCCAAUCCCCAGUUGAAGCAUUAGGUAGACAACAGGAUAUUCCACCAGGAACUGCACAGUCGCCACUGACUGUUUCUAAAUCUGCCUCAGCCACUGCCCAAGCAAUUUCUCUUCCAGCUGUUCGACCAAAGGAAAGGGCUGUUUAUUCUGCUCCCCCUUCUAAAACACCCCACGACUUGUCACCUGUGGAGCGGCCGUUGCCAAAAUCUAGUCAUGUUAAGUUUCAGACAUCGAGUGAAACUUCAGCUGUGAAAAUGGACCAGCUGUUGAGAGUUCAUCCACUUCGAGGAUACAAUCAAAACAAAAGCACCCAGACUAAAAAAUCUCUCAGUGUAAGACACAGGCAACAACAGAGCAGCACAUUGCUUUCUGCUACACAGAGCAUGGAGCAACCUCAUACAGUGGUCAAGGAGAGCAUACCUGUGCUUGAAAUCACUCAAUAUUUUUUUGAGGCCGUUUCCACGCAGAUGGAAAAGUGGUAUGAGAGGAAGAUUGAGGAAGCAAAAUGUCAAGCUGUUCAGAAGGCCCAUCAGGAUAAAGUCGCUUUGCUGGAGCAGAUUAAAAACUUAGAAGAAGAAUUACGGAAACUUAGGACUAAGAUGCAGAAAGAUAGCUAGCAGAUGCCAGUCAAAGACACUCUUUCCUAUCAAGUUAAAUGUUACCUGUGGCAACUGACACCUCAAUAUUCUUAGCUGGAGAAUAGCACAUAAGAAUUAACAUAACAAGUGUAUGUGGGCUUCCACUGUACAGGAGACUUGUAUUUUAAAAAUUGCAUAAUGUUGUUUUGCAUUUGUUGGUGUCUUGAGUUACAGAUUCAACCUGUUACCACCCUAUUUCAGGGCCUACCUGUAACAUUAAAAAAUAUUUUAUGCCUUAUGUUCAUCAAAACUAAGCACAAAACAGAUUCACUGAUAGACCCUCAUGCUUCUGUAUUGUACAAGUUAGUAAAUUAUUACUCAUGAAAAGUGUUGCAAACAAAUAUAUUCUAAUUACAUUCCUGUUAUAUUGUACCAUGGCAGCUUUAAUGCUACACUCUGUGUACGCCAGUACGAAUGCUAUUCACAGGUUUAAUCUGGGCUCAGAGAAUUAACAAAAAAAAGAUAAAUAUUAUAAUCUGAAAAUAAAGCAAAUUACAUUUUUUUUUGCAUUUGAAUACCCAUAGUAUCAGAAGUUGUUUAAAAUGUAUUGACUAAAAUGCACAGGGUUAACACUGACUUACGGUUACUGCUGUUAGAUUCUGGCAGAUCCGCCGCACAUAGUGAUACAUAGAAUAUAAUGAAGUGGAUUUGAAGUGGAUGUAAUCAUGAAUAUAAGUGACUGGAGACUUUUGCUUCACGUGACUUUGUGCAGGUGAAUCAAACAAGUUGAGAACCAACCAGGAAGAGGAUUUUUUUCACUCCAAAAAUUGCAUUGUGUUGUGAAUAUUAGGGAAUGGUGGUUGAGAUUUGAUAAUAUGACAUCUUUGUUGUUUUCCAGCCUUUGCAAUGAAUCCGGUCCCAGUUAUCCAUAGGUUAAUGUAUAACAGACUAGGCAGCAGUCAAAGUAGAUCUGAAGAUUUAACAGUAAAAGAAAGUUAAAGCAACUCUUUAAAGUAUGCCCUACAUACAGAUUUGGACUAUUCCAUACUUUUUUCUUUUGGUUGAGCUAAUUUCAAAGUCUUUCUGCGAUAAAUUCUGAACAGUGUAACUUUUUAACAUUUUAAUCUACCAUGAGAUGUGGAUAUCGCUAGAAGACCAGUAUUUGUUUCCCAUCCCUCAUUACCCUCCAACUAAGUGGCUCGCUUGGCUGUGUCAGGCCAGUUAAGAGUCAACCACACUUAUGUAUUUUUAGCCGGACCAGAAAGGGACAGCAAAUUUCCUUCUCUGAAGGAUAUUAAUUGUCUGGGAAAGAGGGGAUUUGUCAAGGUUGGGUGCAAAAUGGUGGCACAGCAAACUAAGUCCAGAGACCCAGAUAAAGUUUUGAGGACCCUCUGGCUUUGAAUCCUCCCCAUAGCAGAUGUUGAAAGUUCAAAUCAAUAAAAACCUGAAAUUAAGAGUCUAAUGAUGACCAUGAAACCAUUGUUGAUUGUCAGAAAAGUCUUUCUGGUACACUAAUGUUCUUUAGGCAAACAACUGCCAUCCUUACUUGGUCUGGUCUAUAUUUGACUUCAGACCAUAGAAAUGUGGUUGACUCAUCAGUUAGGAAUGGGCAAUAAAUGCUGGCCUAGCCAAUGAUGCUAACAUCCCAUGAAUGAAUUUAAAAAAAUAAUAUUGACAACACCCAAUGACAGUUUCAUGGACACCUUUUAGAAUUAGAAUUCCUAUAUUGUGGGAACAAGACAUUCAGCCCAACAAGUCCACACUGACCCUCAGAAGAGCAUCCCACCGUGACCUAUUCCCCCUACCCCAUCCCUGCAACUCUGCAUCUAACUUGAAGUCAAAAACAAACACAACAUCUGGUAUAAGAUAACAAGGUGUGGAGCUGGAUGAACACAGCAGGCCAAGCAGCAUCUCAGGAGCACAAAAGCUGACGUUUCGGGCCUAGACCCUUCAUCAGACAUCUGGUGUUGUUUUGUACAUUUUUACUAGUUAUUUCCUAAUAUCUGGCUUAGGAACUGUGGGUGUGCCAGGAUGGAGAACAUUGUCGACCGUUGUCCAUGCUAAAUUACCCAUAGCGUUCAGGUCAAUCCACCUAUCUUGCACGUCUUUGGACUGUGGGAGGAAACCAACGCAGACCUGGUAAGAAUGUGCAAACUGCACGCAGACAGUCACCUGUGGGUGGAACUGAUCCCAGGUCCCUGACACUUAGGCAGCAGUGCUAACCACUGAGCCACCAUGCCACCCUGAGACAAGAUUCAGAUUUUGUUAAAUGGAAUUAAAUUCCACUAGCUACCAUGAUGAGAUUUGAUGUCCUCAAAGGAUUAUCUUGAGUCUCUGGAUUACUGCUUUGGUGUUGUUACCACUUCACUACCGUCUCCCACUCCUGGCAAGGUGGAUGAUGAAUUUCCAGAUUGGAGUCCCAUCAUAUUUUUGUCUUCAAAAGGGGAAAGGAAGGAUAUCAUGCCAUUGGGAUAGUAUCAGAGGAAGUUACGGUCAUUGUUUCUGUUGCAAUUGGAGAGACAAUGGUAAUAGUGUAAGCAAUUUUUUUGCACAAUAUCAAUAAUAAGCACUUUUAAUGAAGUGCAUUUUAAAAUGUGUUAGUUUUCCCACAUUAUUGCUUGUGGUCUUUGGAUUAGGGAAUGGUACACAAGUUGAGCAAGUCAGAAUCUGUCACUCACAACUUCGUGAUUUAGGGCACUCAGGUUAGGUCUUGAUGUGAGUGGAGCUACAGCAGCAUUUCCAGGAAGAGGGAGGGAUCAGAAACAAGCCCAGGGUGAAUUCGAUGCUUAAGGAGCCUGCAGAGCUUUUAUGGCAGCUAAAAAUUUAGUGUGUAAAUGAAACUUUAUAUAAGUUUCAACUACUUGAUAACAGUAAAGAGAAAAUGUGCAGGAUCAUGAGCAUAAUUGUUGCCUUACCGGCAUUCCGAAAACCUUAAAUACUAAAUAUUCUUGCCAGAUGUCUAUAUUUCACCAUUUCUCCAUUUAGCAAGUGCAAGGAGCCGUCUUAUGACACAGUGGUGAUGCCCCUCUCUUUGGAGUCGGAGACUCAGGUUCAAGUCCCACUUGCUCCAGAGGUGUGUAAUAACCGCUGAAUGAGUUGAUUAGAAAAAUAAGUUUAACAAUUGCAGACAUGUACUUUCCUAAAUUUGUAGCCCUAAUUAUUAUCAAGUUGUUAUAAUGUUUGUUGCCACAACUUCUACAAAAUGUAAUGAUUCUGCCAGUUGUGGUUGAUCACCAAAAUGGUAGCCAAAGCAGCAAAUGGGACUAAAAUAACUACAGAAGUUGCAACUUUUGAUGAUAUGGUGCCUGCCACGAACCAUCAAAAUGUUAACAACUUCUUCAUUAACCAAGAGAUAUUAGAUAUUUUGCUUUCUUUAUUUAGUUUACAAAUGAUAAAAUGCGCAAAAUGGUUAACUCUUGUUAUUGGAUCUGUAAAACUUACAUCCUCAAGGUGAAAAUAAUUGUAGUUUAGAUAUAAUGAGCUACUGAUACAUUUGGGAUUAGAAGAACUUAAUGUUGCAAAGGAUUUAAAUUUUAUAAGUAACCAGCAUCUUUGUUAGAAGUUCACUACUCACCUCCCAACAGCUACAAAAUGCUGUUUAGAAAAUGAAUUUCAUGAAUGUAGUAAAUGUAUGUUGCCGUAUUGAUUUUGAAAGGUCUUGUUCAUUUUGGACAGAAAUAAUUUUGAUUAUAAUGUGUGAGAUGUACAUUGGACAGCAAGACUUCAUUGUAAAACUGUCUUUAUGCCAAUUUAGUAUUGUGAUUUCUGCGUAAUGCACAACAUCAUGGUUGAAAUAAUGACAUGGAUGCUUAAGUAAUUGUAUGAGACAUCAAUAAUAUUUAUAGAUUAUUCAGCAGAAUAAACAAUCAUCAUCAGCCUUGUUGUGCAAAUUCUCUGGGAUUUAAGCUUUGGGCUGAGGUCACAAUUUCUCAUGUUUAAUCUCAGCUGUCAAAUGCUUCCCCCAUUUGAAACAAUCAUUACACUGCCUUGCAAGUAGAGAACCCAAUGCUGGUUGAAAGGCCCCACUUGAAAUCUGUCAUCAACCCUGUUGAGUUGGAUCCUCAUUUGUUCUGGGUAAUUAAUGGACUAAAAACGUUAACUCAUCCCACAAUCAGGUAGGACACUGGUUUAGCUUCAUUUCUGUGAAGCCAGAAGAAUCUGAAAUAAUUCAAACUGUAUAAGUAAUAAUCCAAAUGACUGCCAGUUUGGACUCCCCCCUUACCAUACCUCCCCCUUUCCCACCUAGAGUCAUAAAGUCACACAAAAUGGUAAUAAACCCUUCAGUCUGACUUGUUCAUGCCACCCAGAUAUCCUAAACUGAACUACUCUGAUUUGCCUGUUCUUAGCCCAUAUCCCUUUAAACCUUUCCUAUUUAUGUACAUGUCCAAAUGUCUUUUAAAUGUUAUAAUUGCACCCUCUUCUAACACGCUGUGGCUGCUCAUUCCAUACUUGCACCACCCUCUUGUGUGAAACGCUUGCCUGUCAGGUCCCUUUAAAUCUUUCUCCUCUCACCUUAAACCAGUGCCAUCUAGUUUUGGACUCCCUAUCCUUGGAACAAGACCUCGGUCGUUCUCCUUAUCCACACUCCUCAUGAAUUUAUAAACCUCUAUAAAGUCACCCCUCAGCCUCUGACACUCCUGCAAAAAAAGUUCCAGCCUAUCCAAUCUCUCUUUAUAACUCAAACUACCUCAGAUCUGUGUGCCAGCUUUGCGUAAGAGCCAAACAAAAUACCUAAGGUUUUCAUUGAUGAGAUGCAUCUGAUGCCCAUCUGCUCUCUGCUUCAUACAAAUGUUUGCUCCAGAAACCAAUGUUCCCUGAAUUUGUCUCCAUAUCUUUCAACCUGUAUUACACGUGAUAAGAUAGUUAUUUGGAUCUACAACGGUCCAAACAUCCCACUCAUAUCAACAAAGUAAUUUAGUCCUCAUCAAUGUCAAGUAAACAGAUGUUGGUUUGCAACUUGCAGAUACAAUAUUGUGACAAGUGUUUAAUUAUAUUGAUAUUUUAAACCGGUCAGAAAAACCGAUUGAGCCACCGAACUAUAGUACAGUGUUUGCAUCAUAUCUAUUAUUUGCUUGUAGGUUGGUGAAACUUGUAAUAAAUUUCUUCUUAUUUUUGUAUACCCAA